AUGUUAGAUAGUUUUAAAUCAGUUAAACAAAUUUCCAUUCAUGAUACACAAACUUAUAUCGAUCGUAGUGUUUAUUUGCCUAAUGUUAAUGAAUUGACAAUUCAUGAUUGCGGUUCAAUUUCAACAUCUCUUAAUAAAAUUCUUCCUUUAAUACAACUGAACAAAUUAAUUAUUAAUUCAAAAAAAUUUCGUUUUAAAGAUAUUUUAAAUUUAAUUAAUGUUACAUUGAAUUUAAAAACAUUCAAAUGGGUAUUAUCAUUCAAUUGA